AUGGAAAAAAGAGUUGUUUUGGAACUGAGGGGAAGAAAUCCUUCGCAGGUCAAGGAACUUAAUUUAGAUAAUUGCAGAAGUACCACCAUUGAUGGGCUCACAGAUGAAUAUACUAAUCUUGAAGUACUUAGCCUUAAUAAUGUUGGUCUAACAACUUUAAAGGGUUUUCCAAAACUACCCAAUUUAUUGAAGCUAGAGCUCUCAGACAACAGAAUAUCUAAUGGACUCAACUUUCUAAAUGGAUGCAAAAAGUUGACAUAUCUCAACUUGUCUGGUAACAAAAUUAAAAACUUGGAAACCUUGAAACCAUUAGAAGAGUUUGAAAACUUAAAAAAUCUUGAUCUCUUCAAUAAUGAAGUCACUAACAUUGAAGAUUACAGGAGUAAAGUCUUUGCUCUACGUCCAUCACUGGAAUGCUUAGAUGGAUAUGACAAAGAAGACAGGGAGGUAGACAGUGACAGUCUUGAAGAGAUGAAUGGAAAUAACGACAGUGAUGAUGAUGACUCUGAUGAUGAUGUUGAAGAAGAAGAGGAUGAUGAUCUAUCUUUAUGUGAAGUAUACAAUGAAAAUCUAGAAGAAGAGAGCUCUGCCAGUCCAUUAUAUGAAGCUGAAGGGUAUUUGGAUGAGGAGUAUGAUCAGGAUUAUGAAGAUGGGGAUGAGGAAAAUGAUGCUAAUGGUGAGCACAAUUCCAAAAAUCAAGAUGGUGACAACAAGAAUGAAAACCCUGAAGAGAGCACUCGGGGUAAAAAACGGAAACAUGAGGAUGAAGAUGAGAAU